AUGGCUCAUGGAACCAAGAAGCAUUUGAAUUGUGUUGCAGCUCCCAAGCAUUGGAUGCUGGAUAAGCUUACCGGUGUCUUUGUGCCUCGUCCAUCCACUGGUCCCCACAAGCUCCGCGAGUGUCUGCCCCUCAUCAUCUUCCUAAGGAAUCGAUUGAAGCAUGCUUUGACUGGUGACGAGGUCAAAAAGAUUUGCAUGCAAUGUUUCAUUAAGAUCGAUGGCAAGGUCUGAACAGAUAUUACACAUCCAGCGGGAUUUCUGGAUGUCACCAGCAUUGAGAAGACUGGUGAACAUUUCCGUCUGGUAUAUGACACCAAGGGUCGAUUUGCCGUCCACAGGAUCACAGCCGAAGAGGCCAAGUACGAGCUCUGCAAAGGGAGGAAGACCUGGGUAGGAACUAAAGAAAUCCCUCACUUGGUAACACAUGAUGCCCGUACCAUCCGUUAUCCAGAUCCUCUGAUUAAGGUCAAUGAUACUAUCCAGAUUGACCUUGAAACUGGAAAGAUCACAGACUUCAUCAAGUUUGAUACAGGAAACCUGUGUAUGGUGACUGGAGGAGCCAACUUGGGUCGUGUUGGUGUCAUCACCAACAGAGAGAGGCACCCUGGCUCAUUUGAUGUGGUCCAUGUGAAGGAUGCUAACG